CCCCGUUAUAAUUGAAUAGUGAAAUAGAGGUUAGAGACGCGGUCGACGCCUCGACGGAACAUUGGAAAAACGAAAGAACGACUGAAUACUGACUACGAAUCGAAGCACAACUCGAUUUUCGGGAUAAGGAUUUCCUAAGCCUUCUGAUAUAUCUGCAAUAAGGCUGAAGAAGAAAUGAAGGAAACCAACUCGAUUCAGGACCUCCAAAACGGCGCCGGCAAUGGCGGCUAUGAACACAUGCAGCACCACAUUUCUCUUUCCGACUUCGAUCUACUGCCGUCUUCCGACGGCUUACUUGACCAGGUUAUAUCCUCCGUCCCAUCCUCUUCUUCCUGGCCGGACUUCUCCAAAUCUCAGCAGUCCCACUGGCAACCGUCUCAUGACUCUCAUCACUUCCUCUCUCCGCUGCCGGUGUGUAACCUCGACUCCGCCGUUGACGACGAGGCAUACAAUUUUGAAAACCGAUCGUCGGUUCACUUGGCUUCCAGGCUCCAUAACAACGGCGGUGAGGGAGGAGUCUCCGCCGGCGAAUCUAAGGCGGCGCUUAUGUUCCACAGGCACUUUUCGCUCAAUAGAGGAUUUACCGAGACCGGAUUUAGGUCUCCUAAUGUUCUCCUCGAGGAGCAGUUGAAUGUUAUCGAUGACGACCAAAACGACGGCAUUUUACUAUCGGCAAAUGACACCAAAUAUGAAGCUCUAUUCAACGGAUCUAUUGCUCUACCCUCGUCUGACCUUCAUCAUGUUCAUCAUAAUGAUCCGAAAUUGUAUCCGGAUCCGAAUCAUGGAGUUCCACCGAUGAGCCAGGGACUAGCCUCCACCGGCAGCGUAGCGACGGGAGGAGGACCACCGCCAGCUCAGCCGAAACAGCCGCGAGUGAGGGCUCGAAGAGGACAAGCCACCGAUCCGCACAGCAUCGCUGAAAGAUUACGAAGAGAGAGGAUUGCGGAGAGAAUGAAGUCGCUGCAGGAGCUGGUUCCUAAUGCUAAUAAGACGGACAAGGCUUCAAUGCUCGAUGAGAUCAUCGACUAUGUCAAAUUCCUCCAGCUCCAGGUCAAGCGGUGGCUGUCAUUUAUGAGGGACUCAGGUUCUCAGUGUGAGCAGAUUGGGCGGUGCCGCAGCUGCUGCUCCCCUGCUGGCUAUUAUGUCUUCCGAGGGAGCUAGAGAUUGUACAGAAGGAAGCGCGAGAAGCGGGAAUCCAAAGGCGGCAUCAUCAUCAUCCAACAACAGCGACACAAUGAGAUUGACGGAGCAGCAGGUGGCGAAGCUCAUGGAAGAUGAUAUGAGCACCGCCAUGCAAUACCUCCAAGGUAAAGGCCUCUGCCUCAUGCCCAUCUCCUUGGCCGGUUCCAUUUCCACCUCCGCCAGGCCGAACCUCAUUGCCAAGAACUCACCGCCCGGAGCUGCCACCAAUGGCGGCGGCCCCUUCUCUCCCACCAUGUCAUCUUCAGCCCCUGCUGUGAAAGGCACAAUAUGUGAAGAUCCCACUUGUUAAUAAGAUUAAUGAAACUAGAAAAUACGUAGGAAUAAUUGAAACUUGAAUGUGGAACUUCUCUUUGUAAUUUGAUUUAAUUUAAUUUACUUAUCAUUAAGACGCUUAUUAGGUUGUGUUACCGGGCUCAUUGGCCGUCAAGUCUACCAAAAUAAGGGUUAUCCCGUUUAUGGAAACUGGCUAUGCAACGACCCGUAUUUAGGUAGACUUGAGUUUCAGCAAGCUGACUUAAUAUGGAGUAACAAACUAUGCAUAAACAAUGCGGAUUCAAUGCUUCUGUCUUUUAUUGUUCUCUUUGUUAA